AUGAAGCUGCUUCAGAGGUCCCGUCCGGCGAAGCCGCUCCCGCCAUUCGAUGGAUCCCAGGGCUUCCCAGUGCGUAACCUGAUCGCGCUCGCUGAGCUGCGUAUGGAGGCCGAGCCGGGGUACUACCGGACAUCCGCGCGGAAAAUCGCCUACCUCACGUCGUCUUUCACGGGUCGCGCAGGCCUGUGGGUGUCGAACCAGUAUCGGGAAUCGCUAGGCGCCGACCCAAUUUUCAAAGCAUACGAGGAGUUCAAGCGGAUGCUGCUGUGCUACUUCGACUCGAGCGACACGAAACUAGGCCAAGUGAUCCACUGCAAGCAGGAAGGUUGCGUGGACGAGUACGCCGAGCGGUGGUCUCGCGCGAUCGCGGAUCUGGAGGACGACGUGCGGCGGCAGUCCGAAAUCCUCGUCUUCUUCACGGACCAGCAGGGCAAGCUCCGCCGCUCGGUUGUGCAGAAGCAGUCACUCCAGAUCGACGCCAACCUCCGCUACUGGCGCCUGUGGUGGGUGUACGGCCUGGAUCCCGAGAUUCAGGCCGCUGUGCUUGCCAAUUUCCACCGCUUGCGUUUCUUCGAGGACGUCGUCAUGCGCGCCAUCACGCUGGAACAGCAACUUACCUCUGGUGCGCCCACGCUGGUCGAGAAGAAGCAGAGGCGCACCACGGCACGCAUGUCUGACCUCGUCUCUUGGGUCGCGGUGCGCCUCGAUCGGGCCCCGAGCGCGAGGAAGAAGGGAGACAGCUUUGUCGCUAUCGAGGAUCUGCCGGACACGCCGGCCGAGCGGAAGGGGAGCAGGCGACGCAGCAAGAGGAAGAUCGACGAUACGGCACUCACAGUGCAUCCGACGAGGAAACCGAGCGAGGUCGUGCCACUCCUGCACACCGAGACCCGCUUUGCGCCCAGGUCCAACAGCUCCUACACCACCCUGGUCUAG